UAAAAAACGUAAACAAUUUGUUGGGAGCAAAACAAACGGAUGUGUUUAUUUGCCACUUAGCUUAACGAUAAAAUGAGUUUUUGCACAGUACGCUUAUGAUUAUUCGAAAAACUCCAUUUUGCCAGCUAUCUCCAAGUGAUUAGUACCAUAAGUGAACGUUAAAAUGUGAUACAACUUAGGCACAGCACCUUCUUCGUUACCAUUCCUCAUUCGUUCAUCCAGGAUGCAGAAGGAAGAUUUUUCCUUCGACGUGAAUAAAAUAUGCCGAUUGUGCCUGCAAGAGCUGCAGGAUGGUUCGUUUCUGGAUAUCUUUACGAUGAAUCUCCCGGUUAGCCCACUGGCAAUGUUAAGCCGCUGUGUAACGAUAGAAAUCUACGAAAAAGAUGGAUUACCCUCGGCCAUGUGCAACAACUGCUAUUACCAGCUAGAAACGGCCUUCGAGUUUCGCAAUCGAUGUGAAUCGUCCGAUCGAAAGCUUCGCGUGUAUCAAAACAUCCCCAACGACGAUGGCAAAAAUGAGCUAUUGCUAUCGAUAAACGAGCAUACGGACAACGGAAGCAAGGAGGACGACAUUUACGCUGCCAUGUCGGAAAUAUUCGGACCGGAAGAGGAAACAGCUCCACUAAUUACACCGCACACGCUGGGCAAACUGCUGGAAGACGUUCCGAAGGAACCGCCCAAAGAAUGUCCAUCUCCCAGGCCACCCAAGAAGGUGAAAAUCAAACGUCAGAUCAAGAAAAAGGCCCAGCUAGACAAGUUGCUCGAGAAGCACAAGGAAAAACUGUGGCUAGAUAGUACGAAGCUGAAAAUAUUUCGUCAACGGCAAACAGUACCGAAACGAUCGGUGCUUGGUAAAAAGCUGGAAAAGGCACGGAAAGUGCUCGACCCGGAAGAACGCCCAAAGCCGGACGAAGAACAGCCCUUCAAGUGUACCGUCUGUCAGCAACAGUUCUCGCGCUCCAGCUACCUACGGCUGCACCAGCGAAUACAUAGCAAUGAGCGCAAUUUUCAGUGCGAAAUCUGUAGCAAACUGUUCCGCACAUCCAGCAAUCUGCAUGCGCACCUGAAAACGCACACGGAGGAAAGGAACCAUUCGUGCGCCGUGUGUAAACGAGCAUUUCGAACGGCCCGGGACUUGGCAAGCCACAGUGAAACGCACAGCGAGCAGAAAGGCUACGUGUGCCAGAUUUGUAGCAAAGGGUUCGUUAAGCAGUCGUACCUGAACACGCACAUGAACACUGUGCACGUGGGGCUGAAGCGUUACCGGUGCCAGGAGUGUGGGAAACAGUUUUCCAACAGCUCGAACCUCAUAGCGCACCGGCGCAUACACACCGGCGAGAAGCCGUACCAGUGUGGCGAGUGCGAUUCCAAGUUCAAUCAAUCGUCCGCCCUGACCCGCCACAUGCGGCAGCAACAUCGACCGGUGCCACCAACCCCGGAACCGAUUCCGCUACCGGUUAGCCGUGAAAGUGAACCGGAGGAACUGUCGAUCGAGGUGGACGAAAAUCGGUCGCUGGAAAGUGCCGCCAGUUCGGAACUUUCGGUGGCGACCUCUCUGAUGGACAGUCAGUCUUACUCGUACGGUGGCAUGCCGUACGCACAAACGUUUGUACCUCAACCAUCAGCAUCACCACCACCGCCGGCCCAGUCCGCGCAACACUUUAGUCAUGUAUCGCACCAACAUCACCAUCUGCAUCAUUCGCAUCUGGCGGCUGGCCAGCAGCACCAUCCCUACCCCCAUCCGCACCAUCAUCGACAUCACCAGCAGCAGCCGCCGCAUCAUCACCACCACCAUCAUCACCAUUCGCAACCGAUCAUUCAUCAAUCGAUGGCGGUUAACCAGCCGGCAGGGAAUCUCUACACUGCCGAAUAUCUUCCACCGUACCACUCGACGGCCCUACCCACCACGCAGCAAACACACUACGAGCUCGGUGGGUACGACAUGUGCUACAGCAUGCCUGCGUCGACCGUACUAAACCCGAGUCUGAUGAACCCGCAACCGACGUACAUAUUCGAUCAGUGACGGGCAUGGAAGGCUAUUUGCAAAAUAAACCAACCAAACAAUAACAACCGGCUGGUCGUUGGUAUUCUUUAUGGCGAGGACAGUCUUAGGAGAUAUAUCAAGUGUAAUUUACUGCGGUCAGGUAUUGCUGUUUAUAUGCCGUAAUGUGCUCUAUCUCUAACUCGUCUUGAAUCACGGCUAAGUUUGUAACUAUGCCAGUGUCCAUCUUUACUAGUCAGGUGAAGUAGGAUGGAUAACUCUCAGGGCCCUUGGGGACUGCGUCGGGAAGAUGGGAUGGACUCUAUUGAACAUUUAUAGCCCCAGAGCUACAUUUAGCCUAAGCAUUCUACGAGAAUGAGACGAGAUGAGAGAAUGAGAAUCUGGGGCGUCAGGUGCCCAGCUUGUUUCUAGGCCUGUCGAAUUCUACCGAUUAACCUUUGUUGCCUAUCUUUCUUCGAAAUAAACAAACAUUCGUUGUACGUAACUA